AGAACCUGCUGCGUAAUCUAUCGCAUUACAACGUUGGUAGACGUGUAGCUGCUUGGUACUGCAUUUAUGAGUUAAAAUCAAUAUUCGUGGAUCAGGGAUUUUAUCGCUUCAUCGUGGAACGUUUUUAUAUAAAAAUGUUUUUCCAGUAUUCUAUUUUCCUGGCGUUUCUAUCCAUAACAGCAUGCUGGGCAGCCGGAAGUGACACGAAAAACACCACCCGCAAGCACGGGCCCAUCGACUGCGCCGCCCUGAAAUCCGCCUCCGCCGCCUCCGUCGACGUGUCGGACUCCUCGUGGAUGCCGGAAUGCAACAGCACCACCAACCAGCUCCUCCCGGUGCAGACGAUGCGCAACGGACAGAAGUUCUGCGUGGACCUGUGGACCACCGGCGUCCUCCUCGGACCCACCUCCAGCCCCACCCUGGUGUGCCAGUGCGCACAGGCCCACAAACGGGCCCGUCUCCGCAAACAGGGCUACCAGCCGCAGUGUAAUCCGUCGAACGGGCAGUACAGUGCACAGCAGUGCGAUACGGUGGAGCGGAAGGAGUGCUGGUGUGUGGACCCCACCACCGGGGUGGAGACGGCCGGGAGUAAGUGGGCGGUGAAGCCGGAGUCGGCGCAGGACAGCGGGAAAUGCGGGGCUAAAGCGUAAAUGGAACAUAACACGGCAUUUUGAAAACGUUUCGUGAUAAUUUUGACAGUCUGUGGGCUAAAUCGGCACUGCUCUUGGAACUUGCGUGCGACCUUUCACUUCCGGUUGUCUGCCGGUGAUUUAUACGAGUCACGUGGUUGUGUUGAAUUUUCUGGUGACGCGCGUCUUAAGAUUUCACAUGUGCGAACAAUUAAAAGUAUCUUCUUGG